UAUAUUUACACCUCCAAAGUCACAUCUCUUAAACAUCUAAGUAUUAUUCCCGGUAUUUUUACAUUUCUUUUAAAUAAGAACAGUUUUAAUAAGAACGUAGGUGAUCUCCGGAGGCCACUAGUCUCGACCGAUUUCUUAUUCAAAAUAUAUACAACUGAUUCUAGUGAUACACAACCUUUAAAUAUAAGUUUUAACAUUAUUAACUUAGUGUAACCUAACCUAUUCUUUAAUAAUUUGGUGUUAAUAAGACAAUAUGACAGAAGAGGACAUUACUAAAUGCUAUUUUAUUCCAAAAAGCGUAAUGGAAAAAGUAAUUGAAGUUACUGAGAGUCCACUUGAGCGUGAAUAUUUUUUAUGCAAACGCAAUCUGUGGCGAAUGCAAAAGGACAAAAUAGAACCAUUACGUCUCCUACAGCAGAGUCCGACGAGCCGCAAGUUUCAGUUGGCCAUUCACAGAGCCAUAUACUCUCACAAUUGGAACAAGUUGCUAUAUUUGCUAAGGAAAUUUCCUAUUUGGCACCAUUAUCAAAUGUGUGGAGGAUUGAAUAUGGAUACCAUGGUUAUUUAUAUUAGGGCUCUGAUUAUAUUGCUGAUGUAUCACCCAACCGCCAAAGCUAAAUCUUUACUACACGAAUACUUCCACAUGAUCUGUUCAUGUCGCACGGACGUUGACAAGAAAGCUCUAAAAAAGGUCCUACUGAGUUUACCUGAAAAAUUUAUGUUCAUAAUGAAUUCAAUUAUGAAACACCAAUUAAAUGACGACUACUCUUUAAAAAGGGACAUAUUUCAAUUAUAAAUUAAGAGAAAUUAUUUUUCUAAGUGAUAUCUGAAGUUUUAAUUGAUGAUAAUGAGUGGUGGUGGAUAUGAUGAACACGAGGUCAGGUCAGUCAGCCCAUCGUGACAUAUUCAAGAAUUUAUGGUUUCCAGGGGGACCGAGGUCAACCUGACAUGGUGCAUUGCUAGUAUGGGGUUAUGAGACCAUAUUACUAAAAAUUGCACAUUUUUAUAUAGGUACUAGCUGUCCCUUCAAACGUUGUUUUGCCAUAUAAAUUAAUAACGCUAUACAAAAAAAGGGGUUGGUGAAGAAAGGUGAAAAUUUAGGGUUGUAUGUAUUUUUUAAUGACACAUAAUAAAAAAAUAUAA